CUGUGAUGUAGACACGCGCCAGGCAGCCUUGGUUCAGGGGCGACUUAACAACUUGCUGUUUUUGCCAACAUGUCGGGUCCAAGUUUUACUGGCAGAGUGGCACUGGUCACAGGUGGCGGGAGCGGCAUUGGUCGUGCCAUCUGCCGGGUGCUGGCCAGGGACGGUGCCAGUGUGGUUGUGGCUGACGUCAACCUCCAAAACAGCCAAGACACAGUCAAUAUGCUCCCAGGACCCGGAGAACAUCUGGCUCUACUCAUGGACGUUAAAGAGAAGAGCUCUGUGGAUUCCGGCAUUAAAGCCAUCAUAGACAAGUACCAGACUCCUCCCAGCCUCCUGGCUAACAGUGCCGGCAUCAGCAGCAAGUGUGCUUUCACCGACAUGGAUGAGAACACUUUUAUGAGGGUGAUAGACGUCAACCUCAAGGGAACCUUCCUGGUGAGUCAAGCAAUGGCUAAUUCACUAUUAGAGCGAGGAAAAGUCCAGGGCGCUAUAGUAAACAUAGCCAGCUACGCUGCCGUGCUAGGGCUCCCCACUCACUGCCAGUAUGCUGCCAGCAAAGGGGGAGUGGUGUCCUUAACAAAGACAUGUUCUUCAGAAUUGAUUAAGAAGGGAAUUCGGGUCAAUUGUGUGCUGCCUGGAGCCAUUGAAACACCAAUGAUUGCUGGCGUUCCUAAGGCAGUUUUGGAGGCAGCUGCUGCUCAAACACCGAUUGGCAGAAUAGGACAACCAGAAGAGAUGACCAAGAUCAUGCUAAAAAAAAUAAGGUGUUCAUCUCCGUCAUCAGAGGUGGCCGAGGUGGUGGCUUUCUUACUGUCGGACAAGAGCAGCUACAUGGUCGGGACAUGUGUGGAGGUCAACGGUGGGCACGGCCAGUGAGGAUGGCUCUGAGGAUGAAACCUCCAGGGACAGUAUUUGAGGUGGACCUUGAGGCAGCUACCUCCAUUAAAAUAAACAAAUCAAGUUA